ACCCGUCCCCCCUUCUUACGCGUACACUCACCGUGGUUCCCACUCGGCUCCCCUUGCUCCCGUCAGCACGAUGAGCGAUUCAAACGUGAAGAAGGGCUCUCUGUCCCGGGCGACCGAGUGGAUCAGCUCGAUAUAUCGCUUUGCGACAGACAGGAACGACUUUAGGAGGAACCUUGUGGUUAACUUGGGUUUGUUUGCCACCGGAGUCUGGGUCGCCAGAAACCUCUCAGAUUUCGACCUGAUGUCUCCUCAGCCGGUGACUUAGCUGCAGCCGCAGACCCCGCCAGCAGGGAGACAGGAGGAUGGAGUCUUAGACCAACUUAGAAGAAACGAGGGACACGAUGAAAUACCUGGAGAACAAACUGUCUUUUUUCACAUUUUUUUUCCACCUUUGCAUGUGACCUGUAAACAAGCGUCAUCUCUAUUCUUAUUUUCUUUGAGUCACACAUUACAUUUGCCACAACCCCACA